AUGCGCUCUUCUACACCUCCAACUCGAUCAUCUCCACACCAAUUUCAUACCUCGCACAACACGGCUUCUUCUUCACCGGCAUCGUCGUCGCCGCUGCCGUUGCUGCCCACCUUGCCGUCUUCCACGCAGGUAGCGUCUGCAGAUACCCUUACCAAUGCGGCAACUCGUGCGGUAGCAUCAUCGUCAUUGCCCCUAGCUACGCCACCUUCUGUGAUCUCCCCCGAAGUCACAGCAGGCCCAUCCAAAUCUGCUCUAGCACCACCCGCACCUGACUCGUCGUCGCCCACACCUAAUGCUACACAGGUGCACGCGACUUCCACCAUGUCGGACGCGGCCAGCGAGUCGCGCGACGACGAUCCCUCGGCGCUAAACGCAGGCCCCGUCGGCCCCGCCGAGGCUCAGAACGGCACGCAAACAGCGUCCCACUCCACACCUGCACCUGCACCUAACAAAGUCGCCCAGGUCGGCCCGCAAUCCAACAUUGCGUCCCUCCCACUUUCCGUCACAGAUCCUUCUACAUCACUAUCCGCAAGCACGAGUCCAGGAGCGCAAACUGCUCAACCCACCUCCACCGUCAGCACACUCCAACUCGCAUCCGAUGCCCUCUCCGCCAUCCCGCCGUCUAAUCAUUCAGACCCUGCUUCGGCCUCGGUCCCCCCCGCGGCCGCGGAAUUGCUUUCCGCCAUUCAUCGCCGGAACAAAAAGGCACCUGCCGUUCAAAGUCCGCAUCCAGGCGUCUCCCGCUCCCGCAGCCUUGCUACCACUCCCGUUCCACCCUCCCUCCUCUUUGGUAUCAAGCACGACUCGCUCGAUGGUACUGCCAACUCCUCACGUGCCACCACUCCCACACGUACUCCGUCAGGGCGCGCGAAGCGUCAGAGACGUGAACGCAAUCCGGCUACGCCAGUUGCCUCCGUAUCCGCCUUGCCAAGUCUCGAUCAGAAUGACAGAAGGAGAUCCGCGAGAGUCGCCAAGGCUGUCACUACCACUUCUUCCGACUCGUCUUCGCUGCCCAACUUGGCACUAUUCGGCUUCUCCCCUUAUCUCGAGAACCUCGUCUUCAAUGCGAAAGACUCGGAUCGUCGCACCCGCUCUGGAGGCAGGGGCUUCCGUCCACCCAUCGAGCGUGGUCCUACCAAACUCAAGCGUACGACCACCAAGAACAAGGUCAAGGAGACAGAUCCCGAAGGCCCCGAUGACGACGCAAAGCUAGAACUCUAUCGUCAGCUUUGCAUCAUGUCCUACCAGCUGCAGGCCCAUCUCGACAUGGUUCCACACAAGUCGCUUGUUCAACUUCGCUCCCAAUUCAACUCACCCUCGCCCGAUGAUGACGAUCACCUCGAUGCGAAGCUAGCUCCACCAAACAUUACCAAAGGCGCUCCGGGCGCUUCUCUUGAUCCCAGUCGCGCAGCUACACCGGCAGACUACUUUGGAAUGCACGACCUACAACCUGCUCCCAGCGCGAGCACCUCUACCCACACGCAGUCCAUCCUUGUCAAAGCCGAGCCUCCGCAGUCUCCACCACUUUCGAUCAGAGCGCCCCUUCCGCCUCGGCCAGCCUACUCACCCGAAUCUUCCCCCGAAGUCGCGCUCAUGGACACCGUCCGGCCGAGCUACAACGGUGUCCCUCCGUACUGUCCUAGCGGCUCCCAGGGAAUUUACCAACCCAACGAUGUUCCACAGUCUGACAUUUACACGUGGGCCACCGCCAAAGUCGACGAGCCAGUGGAUCAACCAAUGUCGCCCGCCUUCCGGCCUCGAGGCAACAUCAUGUCCAUCUCUGCGCUCAUGAGUGGACCCAGUCCUUCCAAGCCGCAUUCUCCAACGCCAGAGCUCAUCCCAACGCCGCCGCCCGGACCGCAGGAUUCUUUACCGGUCUUCAUGCAGGAAUGGACGCAGGAGGAUGAAAUGGCUUCGCAGUUUCUACAAGCCUGUGCCGACGCCAUCCCCAAACUGGACACCACCGAGCUCGAUCGGCUCACGCAGAUUGCUCAGCUAGCUGCCUUUGAUCUCGAGAUCCUCUCGGGCCCCUCCUCGCCGCAUGCAUCCACAGCGCCAACCUCGACGACACCUAUCACAGAGCAACAGCAACGCAAUGCGAGCGCGAAAUUUGACCCGAAGCAACUCGAUCCGCUCAAAACGCUCGACACACAAGGCCUUUACGACCGAGAAGAAGCAGAGUAUCUUGCAGAAAUGCAAGCCAACGACGAGCUGUACGAAAACGUGCGGUAUCUGGCUAGCUUCGACCAUGUCGUCGACGAGUGGAGAGCAGGCGAGCUCGCACGGCUUCGACUCCAGCUCGAGAUGCGCAAAGCAGAAGUGGACCGUAUUUGGACGUGCGACCGCAAGCUGGCCUGGUCGACCUUCAUCGACGACCGAGCGGGCGAGCUGUACCGCAAAGCAAUGCUUAAGGCCAGCCAUUCACGGUGGCAGGCCGAGAUGGAGCUCGAUUUGGUUCAAGUGCAUCGCAGAAAGACACGCGGCUUGGCCAAACUCAUCGACGGCAUCUGGGUGCCUGAUGGCGAGGGUAUGGCUGAUGCAGAGGUUGCAGAGCUCUACAAGCGCUACGGCAAGUUUGUCUCUGCAGCAAAGUAUCCCGAGCUCGACGAUCCGCUCGUUCGUGCUGACAUUCGCAAGAUGCAGACUGCGCUGCGAGCACACAAGCGGCACUCGCGAGGGCUGCGGACCGAGGUGCUCGGAAAGCAAUUGGGUCCGCAAGCGGACGAAGCUCAGACGCAGACCAACGACGACUCUGCGGGGCAGGAGGAAGCACACGCAGGUAUUGCAAUGGCCGAGGGACAAGCAGACGGCGUCUCUUUGUACGAUUCUGACUCGGACGAAGACGGUGAGGGUUCGGACGACGAGCAAGACUACGAUUCGGACUCUUCCUACGCCUCCUCGUCAUCGGGCAUCUCAUCGCUGCCUUCGUUCAGCUCGGUGUACAGCUCACCGCGCAUGCAGGCCAUCGACGACGCCGAGGUGGUCAUGUCCUCUCAUGACGGUCUGGUCUCCGAGGUCGUCUCUGUGCGCGAUGGCGACAUCGACUCGGACGAGGAUGCAGACGAAAGUCUGUGGGCCCGACAGAUGCGACUCGCCAAUCAAGUGGCCGAGCUACCCAGAGACGCCCCCAGCGCGAUCGCUUCGGUUGCACAGACUCCUAUGGUCGCUGCUGUGGCGGAAGGCGAUGUCGUCUCUGCGUUGCCUAAUCGAGCUGCGAGUCCCGUCAACUCGAUCAAAGCUCGAAACCGACAGCGGGAGAGCAAGAAAAGGAAGAGACCGCCUCCGCCAGGUGCUCGGCUGUGGAAAAAGGGCCGCGUGCAACAGGAUGGCGAGGGAGCGAAUGGUGAGCAGGUCGAGGAGCACGAGCAGCCGCAGUCGCAGUCGGAGUAUGGGUCUCACCACCAGCAGCUUUUGCAGCCAGAGCAGGGAGGGCAAAGAGGUCACUAUCCGAACGGCGAUAGUCACUACCGAGAUGUCGAGAUGACUGACGUCGAGAUGUCUCACGGCGUGGGCGUAGGUUCCAAAGCGCCGCAGGGAGGGGAUAUGCUCGACUAUGACUACCGCCGUGAUCAGCAUCAGCCGACGCCCAUGCACCACCAUCAGGCGUAUGGCAACUACGGUAUGCGACCCAGCUAUCUCGGCGGUUCCAGUGCCGAAGAGUACGACUAUGGCCGAUCGUUCCACCACGCUGCUCCUCCGCACCUCGAUGCCUACUCGAGCGAUGGCAGAGGGUAUCCGGGCUACGCGCAUCCGUAUGAGCAUGCGGCUACCUAUCCAGCCUAUCCGCACGACGGCGCGUCGAGGGGGUAUAGCAACGGUGCGGGUGUGCCGCAGCAUUAUGGGCGCACACCUCCGUCUCCGGAGCACAUGAUGCACCGCGGCCAUCACGCAGCGUCGGCGUACGGCCAGUAUGAGCAGGGGCCCCCGCCGCGGGUGUAUCCCUCGCAUCCCCCGCCGCCGGCACAACAACAGCAACAACAACAACAGCAGCAGCAGCAGCAGCAGGGUGCCAGUAGGCCGCAGUGGCCCUACUAG